UAUCAUCUCCGAUCUCCAUGACCUUCUCAGUGAUGAGGCUCAACUCGCUUCGAUUAGUAAAACACUUUUCAACGAUGCUUGAAAACGUCAUCAACGAUAUCAGCUUUUCCGGCAGCUAUCGACCAAAACUGCUGGUAACCUGUUCGGAUGUACCGGCAAGUUACAUUGAAACUCUCCGGCGCAAGUGCGAGGUAACGGUUUGUCAUGGAACGAAUAGAUCGGAGAUACUGAAAGCCCUGCCCGGAGCUGAAGGUAUUCUAUGGCUCACUGCCGAUAAAUUGAACGAAGAAGUGUUAGACUUGGCGGGUCCUCAGCUCAAGGUGAUAUCCACAAUGACUUCCGGAAUGGAUUACGUUGAUGCGACUCCGUUCAGAGAACGCGGUAUCGCUUUAGGGCACACGCCAAAAGUAGUUAAUAAUCCUGUAGCGGAUAUAGCUAUCGGCCUGAUGAUUGCAGCCGCGAGACGUUUUCAUGAAGGAAGGAAUCAAAUUCUAGAAUCUUCUUGUGUACAACGCCCUCAAUGGAUGCUUGGACAAGACGUAACCGGUUCUACGGUUGGUAUCGUUGGAUUUGGAGGCAUAGGGCAGACAAUCGCCAAAAGACUGCAGGCAUUUGAGGUUGAGCGCAUAAUUUAUACCGGUCACAAAAGAAAACCAGAAGCUGAGCAUUUUGGGGCCCAGUUCGUUAGCUUCAUUGAACUGUUGGAGGCUAGCGACUUUGUGUUUAUUGCUUGUCCUCUGACGAAUGAAACCAGCAAUAUGUUUGAUGCCGAAGCAUUCGGAAAGAUGAAGGCAACAUGCGUAUUAAUAAAUGUAGCACGCGGGGGCAUUGUAGAUCAACAAGCUUUAGUUCAGGCAUUGAAGUCUGGAACGAUAUUUGCCGCCGGUCUUGAUGUUAUGACACCUGAACCUCUGCCUGCGGAUGACCAAAUCCUCAGUUUACCCAACUGUAUUAUCGUGCCACAUCUCGGAACAGCGACACGAAAAAGUCUCGAGGAUAUGUUUUGUAUCACUGCCAAAAACGUAUUAUCUGUUUUAGCUGGUAACCCAUUAGUGGCACCAUUUGUAAAGUGAAUUCCUUGACCAACGAAUAAAACAUUAUAAGCCAUCA